GACUUAUCAUCAUCCCUCAUAGUUAUUUACUUCCACCGACCUCUUCGUCCUUUUGCUUCAGUGCUCGAUCUUUCCCACAAAACCAUAACAAUCUCAAUCUCUCAUUCCCAGUGGUACAAAGCGAGAUUAAGUUUCGCCCGAUUCGUGUUAGUUGUGGUAAGAGUGAGGUGUUGAAGAGUGAUUUGAUGGAACCUGAAGCAGAAAGGAGAAACCUUUAUUCUCCCAUUGAGCCAUAUAACACUGGGAAUUUAAAGGUUUCUGAUGUUCAUACACUUUACUGGGAGCAAUCAGGAAACCCCGAUGGACAUCCAGUUGUGUUUCUUCACGGAGGGCCGGGAGGAGGGACAGCUCCUAGUAAUAGGAGAUUCUUCGAUCCUGAGUUCUAUCGGAUUAUUCUGUUUGACCAGAGAGGUGCAGGAAAGAGUACACCACAUGCUUGCUUGGAGGAAAACACCACAUGGGACCUUGUGAGUGACAUUGAAAAGCUACGAGAACAUUUGAAAAUUCCGGAAUGGCAGGUUUUUGGUGGAUCAUGGGGAAGCACUUUAGCACUUGCAUACAGCCAGUCUCACCCUGAUAAGGUUACUGGUUUGGUCCUUAGAGGGAUUUUUCUGUUGCGGAAAAAGGAGAUUGACUGGUUUUAUGAAGGUGGUGCUGCUGCUAUAUAUCCUGAUGCUUGGGAGGAGUUCAGAGAUCUAAUUCCAGAAAACGAGAGAGGUUGCCUUGUGGACGCAUAUCACAAGAGACUGAACUCCGAUGAUAUGGAAACCCAAUAUGCAGCAGCAAGAGCUUGGACUAAAUGGGAAAUGGUGACUGCUCAUCUUCUUCCGAAUAAUGACAACAUUCAAAGAGCAGAAGAUGAUAAAUUUUCAUUGGCGUUUGCAAGGAUUGAAAAUCACUACUUUUUUAACAAGGGUUUCUUUUCAUCGGAUUCAUACUUGCUAGACAAUGUUGAUAAAAUACGACAUAUCAAGACCACCAUUGUUCAGGGAAGGUAUGAUGUAUGCUGUCCUAUGAUGUCUGCUUGGGAUCUGCACAAAGCAUGGCCAGAGGCAAACCUCAAGAUUGUUGAUGAUGCUGGGCACUCGGCAAAUGAGCCCGGAGUAGCAGCAGAACUCGUGGCUGCCAAUGAAAAGAUUAAAGCACUCGUGCGUUGAAGUAUUUGAUAUAAUGAAGCUGCUUAUGUAGUUCGUUUCUUUAGCACCUAGCUUGGGCAUUCACAGAGUUUGUUGUGAACGCGAACCAAAUGUUAUUUUCACCGAACCCAAAAUAAAGAAAAUUUUUAAGUU